AUGGGCUCUGCUUCCAACCAGAGUUUCACAGGAGGCAGUGCUCAGAGUGAGGAGGAGGGAGCGGCUCUGUCCCGGGGCAGCGGCGUCUGCAAGUGGUUCAACGUGCGGAUGGGUUUUGGCUUCCUGUCCAUGAGCAUCAGGGACGGAGCUCUGCUGGAGCAGCCGCUCGAUGUGUUUGUGCACCAGAGCAAACUGCACAUGGAAGGCUUCCGCAGCCUCAGAGAGGGCGAGGACGUUGAGUUCACCUUCAAGAAAUCAUCUAAAGGGCUGGAGUCUGUCAGGGUCACCGGACCUAAUGGAGCACCGUGUCUUGGCAGUGAGAGAAGACCCAAAAGCAACCAGAAACGACGCUCCAAGGGGGACAGAUGCUACAACUGUGGAGGACCUGGACAUCAUGCCAAAGAAUGCCAGUUGCCCCCUCAGCCCAAAAAGUGCCAUUUUUGCCAGAGCGUGUCCCACAUGGUGGCCAACUGUCCGGUCAAAGCACAGCAGCAGCAGCAGCAGCAGCAGCUUACCUCUCCUGGCACUCAGGGAAUGGCAGCCUUGGCGAUAAAUGAGGAAGAGGAGCAAAGCCAUGCAACCCUUUCUGAAAACUCAGAGUAA